CACACCCAAGGCUGUAUGUAUGUGCUGACAGCUCCAGAACCUCCAGUGCUAGCAGAGAAAGCAGAGUUGUCACAAUGCCUUCCUGGGUUCCUGCUGUUGGCCUCACACUCUUACCCCACGUGGGUGGCAUACUAGGAGGAGUAAUCACACGGAAGGAAGUCAAAACGUGGUACACGACACUGGCGAAACCAUCAUGGCGCCCACCUAACUGGAUGUUUGCACCUGUCUGGACAACAUUAUAUACUUCAAUGGGGUACGGUUCAUACCUGAUAUAUAAGGAGCUGGGUGGUUUCACCGAGGAUGCUUUGGUUCCAUUUGGACUCUAUGCUGGGCAGUUGGCACUUAACUGGGCCUGGACACCCAUCUUCUUUGGUGCUCACAAAAUUGGCUGGGGCCUUGCAGCAAUAGCAACCCUCACCGGCACAGUUGUCCUCACAACCAUCUCUUGGUACCCAGUUAGCAAGACAGCGGCCUACCUGAUGUUACCGUAUAUAGCCUGGCUGUCCCUGGCUACUUCCCUGAACUAUGUCAUAUGGAGGGACAACAAAGACAAGUCAGAAUAG